UUAUCAUUCACCAUGAUGUAUGUUUUAGCAAUGGGAGGUAACGUUGCAAUUUUGAUAAUUGUCAAAGUAGAAGAAAGCCUCCAUGAACCUAUGUAUAUUUUUCUCUGUAUGUUAGCCAUUGUAGAUCUCGUCUUAUGUAAUACUGUCCUACCUAAAAUGCUGUCAAUGCUGUGGUUUAUGCAAAACAAAAUAAGUUUUGAAGGCUGCUUCACUCAGAUGUUUCUUGUUCAUUCAUUUACAGUAGCUGAAUCAUCAGUUUUACUUGCAAUGGCCUUUGAUCGAUACACUGCUAUAUGCAAUCCAUUAAGAUACACAACUAUUUUUACAAAAACAUUUAUGCUCAAAAUUGGACUUUUUUGUUUUAUUAGAGGAAUCAUUUUAAUAGCACCAGAGCCAUGGCUUGCAUCAAGGUUACCAUACUGUGCCUCAAAGGUUGUUCCAAUUUCAUACUGUGAUCACAUGUCAGUUGUAAAACUUGCUUGUACAGAUACAACAAUUAACAAUGCAUAUGGGUUAGCAGCACUGAUUUUAAUUAUUUUUGUUGAUUCUGCUCUUAUUGUCUUGUCGUACAUCAAAAUACUUCAUGCUGUAAUGAAUCUUGGGAGUGGAGAAGAACGUAAAAAGGCUUUAAAUACCUGUGGGUCUCAUCUCUGUGUUGUACUAUUUACAUACAUAACUGCACUUUUUUCCCUUAUUACCCACAGAAUAAGCAAACUAGCUGGUUCCGAUGCUUUGGUUACAUUUUCCUGCUUGUAUGUAGCUCUUCCUGGAAUGAUGAAUCCAAUUAUCUAUGGUAUCAGAACAAAAGAAAUUAGAAAGCACAUCUUGAAGCAUUUAAAUAAGGAUUCAACUGGUUAA